GAUGGGGGACCAUGGAGAUAGUGGCCCUGCAGGACCUCUGGGGCCUCAGGGUGUGCCCGGCUCUUGCCUCUGCGAGGUUGUCUUUGGACUUCCUGGGGUACAAGGUUCCCCAGGGCCAGCCGGUGCCCGUGGUUUACCAGGCUCUACAGGCUCUAAGGGCAUGCCUGGAGACAAAGGUGACAAGGGAGACCGAGGACUUAAUGGAAGAAAUGGUUUAAUUGGGCUGAAAGGUGAGCAGGGCUCACCAGGCCCAUGUGACUGCACCAACGGUGUCGACGGAGCAGACGGACAGAAGGGACAGAUGGGAGAAAAGGGAGAGUUGGGAGACGUUGGAGUACAGGGGUCUCAGGGAGACAUAGGCCAUAAAGGAGAGCAGGGGGACAUGGGGAUUCCAGGGAUGCCUGGUCCAUGUUCGCUGGCUAUCCAAUCAGCUUUCUCCGUUGCUCUGGCCACACCCUUCCCAGUGCCUGAUAGGCCAGUCAAAUUCAGCAAAAUAAUCUGUAAUGUUCAGAGUCACUAUAACCCUCUUCUUGGUAUCUACACUGCCCCUGUAGACGGCACUUAUGUCUUCACCUUUAAUGCGAUUGUCAAAGACAAAAAGCUCGUAGUGGGCUUAUUCCAUAAUUUUGAGGCAGUUAUGAAGAUGACAAAGACCACCGAUACAACCACGGUGAGUCAGGAGGUGAUGCUUCACUUGACGGCGCGUGACAUGGUGUGGGUGCAGGUCAAAGACAGCAACAGUAACGGCAUGUUCGCUGGCAUUGAGAUGGCUAGCACCUUCUCCGGCUGGCUGCUCCACCCAGACACCUGUGACUUCAGUGAGAUUCGAGAGUUCAUUCCAUUACAAAAUGUCACAGGUUUAACAUUUCCUUGGGAUUAAAAUGGAUGGAUCAAACUAAAGUCUCUACAGGUACACGGAAUAUUGUUUUAGAUCUGCAUAUUUCAGUUUGUCUCUAAGCACUGUGGACUGCCAGUGGUCCUCAUGUCUAGGCUGGGAGAAUGCAGGGACUGUAGCAAGCAUAAAAAAAGCACUUUCCAUAUAUAAAGAGAUUUUAUUUAGACCACUUUAACCAUAUUUCCAUAACCACUAUAAAUUAUUUAAUUUAUUUACC